AUGAGUAAAAGCAAGGAAGUUAGUGGGAAAAAACAUGUGGAGCAGGUUGAUGCGUCGCUCAACGAACCUUUGAAUAUGGAAGCUCCACCAACGAUAUAUGGGACUACAAUCAAACCAGAGCUCGCGACCGCUGCAUUGAAUCUGGCAAUUGAUUUUAUUAAGCAGCAGCAGUCUUUGGCUAAUAGAGGGAUGAUCCAUCAUUAUAUUACCAAGAUAGUAAUGACUGUGGUUGCAAUCAUCUAUUUAACACCACAGGCGACAAUACCAAGGAAUCUGAGGGCAGGUUCUGUUUCUGGGUUCCUUUACCAGCUGUUCAUGUUUAAUUGGUACCCUAUGGCUACGACGGCAGCAAUCGCUUCUGUUGCAUUUGUGUGUUUGUUAACAACGUACUCUAGAAUCUCCGAGACUUUCUUCAAGAGCAGGAUUCAUGAAGUAGCAAAGGAUAGUGGUCACUCGACGUUUGGCAUCGAUUUGAGAGAGUUGGUUUUGAAGAGCAAGCCUGUGCUUAAGGAUCCUCAGGCACAAAAUACCUAUGUGGUAGUUUACAGAGAGGCUCCAAUUGCGUUGAUUUCGUUGACAGAGAACAAGACAUUGACUUCGAAAGAGUCACUUGUCAUGAGUGUGUCUACCAUUGGUUGCAGAAAAGUUUAUUUGAAGAGUGGCAUCAUAGAAGAUAUGUUGGAUUGGGCUAUGCUACGUACAAAGACUUUGGCGAAGGAGAACAAUCACGGAGAAUCGAUGAAAGUGUUGAUUGACGUUUACUCCUUUGAUGACCAUAUGAAGAAGACUUUGAAGGCCAAGGGAUUCUCACCAGUAGCCAGUGCUAAGAUCAAGGAAAGCAGGCUGCUUGGCGGUCUAUUUGGGUUUCAGAAAGAACUAUGGGGUGUUCAAUUCCAUGUAGAACAACCAAAGAAGAAUUAA